ACGCAGGCUAGGCGUCCGGUUACUGGACGGCUAGACACUUCCUUGACAUUAUUCGUACUCGGAAAGAAUCGUACUAAAAUCCUUUAACUAUUAAAUAAUAUAGACAGGGGUGUAGCUUCCUGUGCUAAAAAACAAGUGCAGCAGCCCACACAUGGUCCUGAAACAUUGGAAAUAGAAAAACAACCCUGAUAUGGAUUUUGGUUUGGAAUAAGCGACACAGUAACAAUGCCCCAAGAGUUCCAGGUACUGCAGUGUUACAGUUGCCAGACUUUCCAGGUACAUCAAGUGAAGAAAGCGACAAAAUGGACUUGUAAGAUGUGUGGUGAAAAACAGUCAUUGAAAAAGGUGUUUGGUCGAGGGUCAGGUGCUGAAUGUAGACAGCAUGUUCAGAGAUUGAAUACCUUGAGAGCUGAAUUGGACUAUCAGUCCUCUAGUACAUCUAUACAGUCGUAUGUUAAAACUGAUUUGCAGUCUGAAGACGAAGAUUGCAUCUAUGGAAAUGGCCAGAAUUAUUCAGCAUAUGAUCAGUGUCCAGAUGUGAAACAGCACAAUAAGGAGACAAAAUGGAACAUGUUUGUCGAGAGAACACACAGUGAUCUUUCUUACGAUGAUGAAGAUGACAGCAAUGAUAGAUAUACCACAGAUGCUCAGAAAUUCAAGCACGGAAGAAAAAGAAAAAGAACAUAUCAAAAGAGAUCAAGUGAUUACAGUACAGAAUAUACUGAAGACACUAUGAGAGGCACAAAGAGUAGGUAUCAGAAUGAAAACUGUCCAGAGAAUAAUUUCUCAAACUCUUCUCCAAGGAGGAAAGAAUGGUACACAUCUGAACUAAGUGAACCUUCUUCACAGGAGAGUACCGCUGGAACUUUUUCAGGAAGAAUUCAAGUCCAGUCUUACUCAUCAAGAAACCUUGAUAUUGAACAAAGUGGUGAUGAAAAUCAUGAAAUUAAUACACGAAUGAAUACAAAAUGGAGUAUGUUCACUGAAACUGAUACAUCCUCCCAAGAAAGUAGUACUGUAAACUCACAAGGGCCAGCUGAGGAUUUAUAUGAUGCAAGGUGGUACGUUACAUUUGAACCGGAAGAAGCUGAACAUUUAGCAGAGCCACUAUCAACCACUGCAUCAAGACGAGUUAAAAAUGAUAUUAACAGCACAAAAUCUAAUGGAUGUUCUAAAUGGACUGGUUUCAUCACUUGUGAAGAAAAUGUUGAACAGUCUGGGCAAAAUAACACUUCUAAACAGACUGGUUUUAUAAAUUGUGAAAAUGAUACUGUCCAUUCUGGACAAAACACUUUUAAGCAGACUGGUUUUGUGACUCGUGAAAAUAUUGUUGAACAGUCUGGAGGAAAUAACACCUCAAAAUGGACAGGUUUUCUUUCAGUUAAAGAAAAUGUAAGCAGCUCUAGACAAAAUCUGGGAAGCUUGGACAUAGAUGAGAAAGAAAAUUUAAAUUUUAAAUUGACAGCAUAUGCGGGUGAAAGAAAAAAUGAAGUUUUAAAUGGUGAAAGCAAAAAUAGAUGUUCUCAAGUUUCUGAGCCUAUGGCUUAUAAUAGAAUGACACUAAAAAAGCAGAGUCAGUGCACAGAAGCCUUUAAGGACACACAUGUACCUGGUAACACAGGCAGAUUUGAUAGAAUCGAAAACGUGAACCCAGUAUUUACUGUUGGUGAUUUAGAUGAUGAUGACUUUGAACUAUAGGAUUUUAAUAUUAACCUUUAGCCUGCUGGUGGCAAGUGAUUUUACCUUUGCGACCAGUGCAGACCAAGACCAACCUACACAUCCAUGCAGUCUGAUCAUGGUCUGCACUGUUCACUAUUCAGAUAGUAAAUUUUCAAUGAACACCCAUACAGAUAUUUAAUGGUACUGUCCAAAUUGAAUGAUAGACCGGUCCGGUCCAUUUAAAAAUUUGGCAAGGUAAAGGUGAAGGAGUUCAAAGUUUUAUUUGUUCAGUUUAUUUACUGAUGUUCUACAUAAAUAUUUAAAUAAGCAAGAGUAUCAAAUUUCAAUUAGAUAAAUCUUCUUUUUUUUCAACUGAGAUGUGAUCAUUUACAUUUAUGAAAACUUUAUGAGAACUGCGUGAAACGUGGAAUAUCAUUCUGUUGUGAUAACUAAGGAAAUUCGUAUCAAUUUUAAUGUAACACAGUUUACAACUAUUAAAUUGCUUUGAAAAUUCCUUGAUUUCUUCAGAUCUAGUCUACAGCCAGUGACUUCAUGUACACAUACAACUGUUUAUUAUUCUUGAGCAACAUUGAUCCAAAUUUAUUAAUGUUCUUUAUAUAAAAUCAGACAUUCUUUUCUUUUUGGAUUUAACGUCGUACCGACACAUGAUAGGUCAUAUGGCGACUUUCCAGCUUUAAUGAUGGAGGAAGACCCCAGGUGCCCCUCCGUGCAUUAUUUCAUUCACGAGCGGGCACCUUGGUAGAACCACGAUCUUCCGUAAGCCAGCUGGAUGGCUUCCUCACAUGAAGAAUUUAACGCUCGAACCCACAUCGAUGAGGGGCAAGUGAUUUGAAGUCAGCGACCAUAACCACUCAGCCACGGAGGCCCCAUAAAAUCAGACAGAGACUUACUAUAAUGUGAUAUUAGAGUAUAUCAUGUUCUAGAUACACAGUAGCUUUAUAUACUCAGUAGGAGGUCCCAGCAUGGAUUUCAUAUUUUGCUCCUUGAUAAAUACAGCUGAUAGAACCAAAGGUUGAUUUUCUUGUGAGGAUAUGGUACCACACCUGCUUUGUAUAGACAUAACUACAACAUAUACAUUUUCAGGACUCUAAAAAUGCAAAUUAUGUAUUAAAUGAAAGAAAGAUGAAACGUUUUCCAUUUAUUUUGUAUAAA